AUGCGAGGUUCUGGGCAGAGGCAACUGCCAGCCAUUGCUAUGUUAGAAGCUUCAUUCCAUCUUCACGACACCCAGAGUCUGUUCCGUGGAUGCGCUGGUUCAAGAAACGAGACGAGUCAGGAAAGCAAAUUCGUCCAAAUAUAUCCCACUUACGAGUAUGGGGGAGUGUUUGCUGGGUGCUGGAUCUGGACAACACUGAAGGGAAACUGGGAAAACAAGGAUGGGAAGGGCGAAUGGUCGGGUAUAUGGGAAGACGAGGAUAUCGAGUGUUCGAUGUGA